AAUGAUAGGAAGCCGUCUGGUAUGGUAGGCUAUGUGUAUUCGAGUAGCCCAAGACGAGCUUCGACCAAAUACAUUAUUCUGAUAGGUUUUCGUAAAUACUAAGUUAGAUAGCUGGUAGAUUACAGUAGCAGAAGAGUGCAACUUUACCCAUGGGUUCACAAUAAUAGAAGAAGGCAACACCCUAGGAGCCGAGGCAAAAAUCUCGGUUGCUAAGAAGCUAUAAUAGCAGUCCUCAAUCUUUUCCUGAUUUGUAACCGAGCUAACCUAGACGUCUACAAGACCACAAGGAAACCACGCCGAGUUUACGAUGGGAGGCCUGAACGCGUCUCGUUAGUUAGCCAGUUCGCUAUGUUCUCCUUGAUGUUAAUGCUGUUUUCAUGCGAUACAGUGUCAGGUGAAGUAGAAAAGGAAACGGGUCGGACAGACCGCUAGCUAGUUAUUAAUGUCGCUUAGGCAGGCUACUCUGAUGACUGCGUCGGUUGAGGUGUAGCUAUCAUUUCAGCGAGGUAACCUAGGUUAAGUGACUUAGUAGUGUUGGGAAUGCAGCCCCCUCUACCACCAGCCACAGUCAGAGAGUUGGUGCGUUCCUGUCUCCAUAUUGACCCUGUAGCAGCAGAUUUGCGCUGCAGUCUUUUUGUGGCUGCUGUGCAGAACUACAAACGUGACUCUGUGCUGAGACCAUUCCCAUCCCUAUACCUAAGAGGAGAGACGAAGGAUUUUGAAGAAUUGCAGAAAGAUGUUAGCUCUUUACCAAGUGUAAGAGAUUUGGUCCGAUUUGGAUCUGGAGAAGGAGAUCAUCUCUUGGCACUAGUGCACUGGGUGCUCUCAUCUAAGAGUUUUGCUGUGAAGACCAUCCAGAAAGAAGAGUGGGCCAGACUCAGCCAGCUGACACAAAAUGCAGGGAUCUCCACUCCUGUACCAGACUUCCUUUUUGAGUUAGAAUACUGUGAACAGAUGAACUGCAAGUUUGAGAAGACACGGGCAGGAAGAGACAUUAUCUAUGCAUUCCAUGGUAGCCGUCUGGAGAACUUCCAUUCCAUUAUUCACAAUGGUUUACACUGCCAUCUGAAUAAGACAUCACUGUUUGGGGAAGGCACUUACCUCACCAGUGACCUUAGUAUGGCUAUUCUCUACAGUCCCCAUGGAAAUGGAUGGCGUGAAAGUGUACUUGGGCCACUUCUAAGCUGCAUUGCUCUGUGUGAAAUUAUUGAUCACCCAGAUGUGAAGUGUCAGGUGAAGAAGAAAGAUUCUGAGACCCUUGACCGCCAUCGUUUGAGGGCAAGGAACAGCGAGGGAGGUGACGUACCUGAGAAAUACUUUGUGGUCACCAAUAAUGAGCUGCUGAGGGUAAAAUACCUGCUGGUUUACUCCCAGAAACGAAAUAGAAGCAGAAAUGUUCAAGGGACUUCAUGGCUGGUCAGGCACCAUUUUGCCAUCAUGAUGGGCCUCUACCUUCUGCUUCUCAUAUUUAUUGGUGCCUUCAAUUCAACUACUUUCCAGUCAUUUUGGCAUAGAAUUUUCCGGUGAUCCACACUGCCAAUGUUACAUACGCUUCCUAUCCAAAGUGCCUUUUUCUUGGGUUCACAAAAACAUUCAGUUACUUGGUUAAAGACUGAUAAGGAUGAUGCUCAGGAAGCUCUGAACAUUUUACUCCACUCCAUAGUAUGUAUUAAUUAUGCCACAGGCACCAGUCCUUAAAUCACCUAUUAGUAGCUUUUGAUACAUGGGCAUUUUAUGCAUUUAUGCAUGUAGUUUUCUUUUUUUCUGAAAACGUUUAUCAGGAGUGGGAUGAGGCUGCCUAGUAUAUGGGGGUUUGUAACACUAUGGCAUGUAAUUCUACUUGUGUAGAAUGAUAGGAAUGUUAAAUUAGCUGUUAAACCAAAUUUGAGGGACAAAGUCUUGUCCUGUCUCUACCUGCCUUAUCAGUAAAAUACUUGGUUUUGGAAUUUAAUGGUGAUGUUUGUGGACCACCAUGAUCACUUUACAAUUUAAAUCUAGCAAAUCUAGUAUUUCUAUACUCAAUGUAGCCAUUCACAUGUUAUGUUAGAGCUGUUUUAACUUUAGAUAUCUUAUAAUGAACAAAAUUAUUAUAAUUAACUUUAAUGACUCUAAAGCAAAUUUUUAAAGAAUUUUUGGUAAAAUCGGCUACAUCACUACCAGUAAUCAGUCCCAAGUAACCUUAAAGCUUUUGUAUUUUAAAGUAAAUGUGAAUACUCUUAACAGUUAAUUUUGGGACUUAGCUAGGUCUGUAUUACUCAAGUCCAUAAAUAUGAUCAUCUUUAAAAAAUAAGAUUAAAUUAAAUGAUCUAAGAACCAUUGUGAGGGUGAAAAAUAUGGCUGUUCCAGAUUUAAUAAGCCCUGUUGUGAAUAACAUCUUGCCACACACACACACACAGCAAAUGCAAUAUUGUUUCUCAUUUUCAUUAACUAUUUUAACCUUGAAAGUAUGCAUUAUGGGUUCAUAAAUAUGGGACUAUUUUUCUGUAGACCUAUAAAAUAGUUUACAAUCAAAUCAAUAAAUCCAUAUCCUCCUCA